AUACCAUACUUCUCUUUUCUUUUUGAAUUGGCUAUAUUCAAAACCUUUCUGCAUAACCAUGGAAAAUCAUGUUGUUGAUGGGAGUGUGAAGUGGAUGCAGGAGGAGAGAGAAGAGGUGGUUGAUGGAAAGGUUGAUUGGAAAGGAAGAAAAGCUUUGAAGCAUAAACAUGGAGGGAUGAAAGUUUCAUUGCUCGUACUUGCCGCAAUUGCGAUGGAGAACAUGGCAACUCUAUCACUAGCAGUGAACUUUGUGUCGUACUUCAAUGGAAUUAUGCAUUAUGAACUAGCAGAUGCAGCUAACAUGGUGACCAAUUACAUGGGUGUUAGUUACAUGCUCUCCAUUGUGGUUGCUGUUCUUGCUGAUACUUGGAUUGGCAGAUACAAAUCCGUUGUUAUUUCUGGAUUUUUUGAGUCAUUGGGACUAUCAUUGCUUACAAUUGAGGCACACAUGAGAAGCCUGAAGCCCGAUAUUUGCAACGUGUAUGUGAAAAAUGCAGAUUGUGAAAAGCUGAGUGGGAUGAAAGAAGCAUUCCUCUUGAUUAGCCUCUACCUGUUGGCCUUUGGCAGUUCAGGUUUGAAGGCUUCUCUGCCAUCACAUGGAGCAGAUCAAUUUGAUGAGAGAGACCCCAAAGAAGCAAUGCAAAUGUCAAGCUUCUUCAACAGUCUCUUGUUAGCAGUUUGCAUUGGUGGAGCAGUGAGCUUAACGUUUAAUGUCUAUAUUCAAGACCACAAUGGUUGGGACUGGGGUUUUGGAAUCUCCACUGUUGCUAUUCUUCUCGCCACUAUAAUCUUUGCCUUUGGAUUGCCACUCUACCGAAUUCAUCUUCCCAAUACCAAAAACGGCAUCAUCCAGAUCAUACAGGUCUACAUAGCAGCCAUUCACAACAGAAACCUUCCCCUUCCUGAAGACCCUAUGGAAUUGUAUGAGAUUGAACAGGACAAAGAAGCUCCAAUGGAAGUAGAGUAUCAACCUCAUACAGAUACUUUCAGGUUCUUGGACAAAGCAGCUAUUCAAAGAAAAUCUGAUGUGCAAGAUGAGAAACAAGAGGCAUCAAACCCAUGGAAACUAUGCAGAGUGACACAAGUGGAAAAUGCCAAAAUCAUUCUGAGCAUGCUCCCUAUAUUCUGCUGCUCAAUCAUAAUGACCCUAUGCUUAGCACAACUCCAAACCUUCUCUGUCCAACAAGGCACCACCAUGGACACAAGCAUCACCAAGCAUUUUAACAUCCCACCUGCAUCCCUACCAAUCAUUCCAGUUGCCUUUUUGAUCAUUAUAAUCCCUUUCUAUGAUCGCAUUUGUGUUCCUUUUCUACGUAAACUCACUGGUAUUCCCACCGGCAUUACUCACUUGCAGCGGAUAGGAGUUGGCCUAAUCCUUUCCUCCAUCUCCAUGGCCAUUGCAGCAAUCAUAGAGGUGAAAAGAAAAGGAGUUGCUAGAGACAACAACAUGCUUGAUGCAUUGCCAGUACUGCAGCCAUUGCCAUUGAGCAUAUUCUGGCUUUCUUUUCAGUAUUUUGUAUUUGGCAUAGCUGACAUGUUUACCUACGUGGGACUACUUGAGUUUUUCUAUUCAGAGGCACCAAAAGGGCUUAAAUCGACAUCAACCUGCUUCCUCUGGUGCUCCAUGGCCAUUGGCUAUUUUCUAAGUUCCAUGUUGGUGAAAAUCGUGAACACUGCAACCAAGAAUAUUACUGCAAGUGGAGGUUGGUUAGCAGGGAACAAUAUUAACAGAAACCAUCUUAACUUGUUCUAUUUGUUCCUUUCCAUACUCAGCUUGAUCAACUUCUCUGUCUAUUUGUUCGUUUCAAAGAGGUACAAGUACAGAUCUCAACACCCUGUAGUUAUCAGUGGCAAUUCAGAGGACUGAAUACUAACAAUUCUUCUGGUUUAACCUUUGAAAUAAUGUUAAGACUUAUUGACAUGAGUUAA